AUGGCCUCCAUCCAGUGCCACUAUCACAGGGCAGCACUCUUGCUGCCUCUGAAAUGCAGCACUGCAAGCUACCCAAGAAGACUGCUUCGCUGCCUCGUUUAUCCUGGUCACAUACCACUUUCUCCGUUUGAGCGGACGUUUCUUGCCGCUGGCUCCGCAAUGAUGGCACUCGUAGACCCGAGGCGUGGUGACAUGGUCGCAGCGUGUGGAGAAACUACCGCAGGAUUCACAUUGAUUAAUUUACGGGACGCAAUGUUAAACUCUCCCGAAGGUCGGAGGAUCUUGAAAGAUAGGCCACGCGUGAACACGAAUACCCUUAACGUGGAGAGACUGAAGAGCUUGCCAGACAAUACCUUUGGCAGAGCUUACACCCGCUGGCUGGAAGCUUGCAAGAUCAAUCCAGACUCAAGAGAACCAGUCCACUAUAUAGACGACCCCGAACUCGCAUAUGUAAUGCAACGAUACCGUGAGACCCAUGACCUCUAUCACGCCCUUUUUGCGCUGAAAGUCUCAGCCAUGCCCGAGUUGGUUCUCAAGGCCUUCGAAUUCGCAAACCUUGGGUUCCCAAUGACCGCUCUCGCUCUCGGCGCCUCCAUCAAACUAAAACCCCCACAACGUGACAGGCUAUGGCGCGAGUUCAUUCCUUGGGCAAUGAAGUGCGGGAGUAAUGCCAGAUGCUUGAUAACUGUGUAUUGGGAAGAAAGAUGGGAGCAGGACCUGGACGAACUGAAGAGGGAGCUUGGGGUAUGGGAUCCACCAGUGGGUUGCACGUUUGAUGCUGUGCCCGCGGCACCAUAG